UAGGAGUUUACGGUUUCAGCUCUUCCAUUUAGGUGUCUAAUCCUUGUUGAGUUCGUUUUCAUGAGUCCUGGAAUAUGGGAAUCCAGUUUCAUACGUUUGAUGUGGAUAUGCAGUUUUCCCAGCAGUGUUCACGGAAGAGACUGUGCUUUUGCUCCUGUGUGCAGUUUGUGCCCUUACCGAAGGCCAGCUGCCUGCGGAUGCCUGGGCUUGUUCUGGGCUGUCUCUUCUGUUCUCUGGCCUGUCCGUUUUUAUGCCAGUACCAUACUGUUUUGAUUACCGUCAUUUUGUAAUAUGAUUCGAGGGUAGGACUGAGAUGCUUUUCACUCUGAUCUUCUCAGGAUUGCAUUGGCUGUUCAGGCUCUUUUGUGGUUGUCUGCACAGGUAGUUUUUCUCUAUUUCUGGGAAAAAUAGUGUUGGAAUUUCAGUAGGAGUUGCAUACACACUAGAGGACUUUGGAUAUUACGGCCAUUUUCACAAUAUUAACUCUUCCAAUCCCUGGACACUGGGCAUUUUCCCAUUUAUUUCCACCUUUAAUGUCCUUUAUCAGUGACUAAACACUUUUUCACAUACACAUUUUUCUGCUCCUUGGUUAAUUUCCUUCCUAAGUAUGUAUUGGUGUUGAUGCUGUUAACUGCAGUUGUUUCUUCCUUUCAAAACUGUCACUCUUUUUUGUUUGUUUGUUUUUCAGAUAGUCUAUUGUUACUGGGCUGCAAUUCAAGUGAUUUUUGUAUGUUAAUUUUGUAUCCUCCAACUUUCUGAUUUUGUUUAUGCACUCUUACAAGUUCUGUGAGAGAGUCUUUAAGUGUCAUCUGUAGAGAAGACUUUGCUUCUUUCUUUCAGAUUUAGAGGCCACUUACUUCUUUUUGUUGCCCAAUUGGUCUGGGUAGACUCCUGUAGUUGAACAGAAGUGAUGAGAGAGUCCAUCCUUGUGUCAUUCCAGAUUGGAGAGGGAAAACUUUCAGAUUUUACUAUGAAUAUGGACUAGGCUGUGACUUGUCAUAUAUGGCGUGUAUCAUGGUGAAGUACGCUUCUCCUGUAGUUAGUUUGUUGAGAGUUUUUACUAUAAAAGUGUGCCGAAGUUUUUGGAAUGCUUUUUCUGCAUCAAUUGCAAAGAUCAUAUGCUUUUUAUUCUCCAUUCUGCUCAAGAGGUGUAUCGCAUGUAUCGCAUUGAUUUGUGUACCUUGAGGCAUCCUUACAUCGCAGGGGUAACUCCAGUUGUUCCGGGUGUAUUUUUUCUUGCGCUGCUGAAUUUGGUUCUGUGGUAUUUUACUGAAUAUUUCUGCUUAUGUGUUGAUCAUGAAUGUUGGGUUGCAGCUUUCUUGUAGUGUCCUUGUGUAGCUUUGGUAGCAGGGUAAUGCUGAGCUCAUAAAAUGAGUUUGGAAGAGGUUCAUCCUCUUCAAUGUUUGGAAAUUUGUGGAGGAUGGGGCUAAUUCUUCUGAAAUAUUUGAUGGACUUGACCAGCGAAUUUGUCUGGUCCUGGGCUGUUGGUUGUUGGCAGAUGUUUGAUAAUUGAUUCCAUCUCCUUACUGGUUAGGUCUGUUUGUUUUUUCAGUUUCACAAUUCAGUCUCGGUUAAAUGGUUUGUAGGAUUGUAUCCAUUUCUUCUGGGUUAUGCAAUUUGUUGGUAUUUAACUCAUCAUAGUAGUCUUUUGUACUCCUUUGUGUUUCUGUGUUAAUAGUUGUAAUGUCUCUUUGAUUUCUGAUUUUAUCUGAGUGUUUUUUCUUUGUGGACGUAAAGAUUUGUCAAUUUUGUUUAACUUUUCAAAAGUGAACUCCUUGUCUUUUGUCUUGUAGUCUCUUUCAUUUAUUUCUGCCCUGAGAAUUCUUACUGCCUUUCUUCUGGUAAUUUUGGGUUUAGUUUGUUCUUUCAACAGUUCCUUGAGAUAUAAAGGUGUUUAUUUUCUCUUUUUUUGGGGGGGGGUCGUGGUAAUUAGAUUGCUUGAUUCAUUGAUCAAUUGAUUGAUUGAUAGUGGAAAUACUGGGGCUUGAACCCAGGACAUGGUGCAUGUUAAGCCCAUGCUGUACCCACUGGGAUACACCAUCCCCACCUCCCCACUGCAUUUCUUCUUAUGUUGAUGUAUCUUAGCGGCCUGUUGUAUCCCAUUAAGAAUCCCAUCAGUGAUUCAUUUCCCACCUGUACCUAUCUGAGUGCCCUGUUAGGGAUCGGGUACACCAGAAACUCAGGAGCACUGGUUGAAAUUAUGGGGUGAUUCCUGCAUCCUGCUGUUCCUCGCAGCCAGUAUUCGUGCGGUGAGUGCAGGCACCUGCAGGUGAGCGCUUAGGUGAGCAUAGUGCUCACUCUGCUCUGCAUGGUGUACCCAGUGCACACUGAGUCAGUCCGUUUAGUUCUGUAUUAUUUCUAUCUGUGUGUUGAACAAGUUGUGUGUGUGUGUAUUGUUUACCUUAUUUUGUUGAAUUGUCUCUCUGGGUUAUGUUGUUGCUGGCUGAACUUUGUUCAAACAUUUACGUUGAAUUCUUUGAUACUUGGUAGAUCUCCAUUUCCUUGGGUGUGAUUUCAGCUAAAUUAUGGUAUUCUGUAUUGGUUUCACGUUUCCUUGAUUUUGGGCGGUGGUGGUUUUCUGUAGCCUUGCGCCAAUGUGUGCUGAUUUGUUGGUGCAGCCUGUUUCCUGCAGACUGGGUGUUACCGUGUUGGUGGGGAAAGACCCCACCUGUGGUGGGUGCAGCGGUGCCAGCUUGAUCGUCUGUGGCCACUGUGACUCUGGGGAAGAGCCAGCUGUAUUUGUGUUAGUGCAGCAGCUUCACCUGAAGUCACCCCCGGUGAAGGUAUCAGGAGUUCUCAGUCAGCGAGGCUGAGCGUGUCCACAGCGGUGGGGAAGGCUGCUGGGGAACUCGCAUACUCUUUCUCCCAUGGACGGAGGAGCUUCUGGCCAAAGGGAUCCAUCCAUGUUGGUGCCCAGUUGGCUCUUGGGCUCCCUGUUGGUUGUGCUGGCCCUGGUGUCUGACAGGCGGGCACCUGUGGGGUGACAGCAGUUCUGGGGUGUGGGUCGUUGCCUAGUCUUCAGCAGCCUUGCCUUUGGAUUGUGAGAUGUGGCCACGCAGGGAGCAGCCCCGGGGUCUGUGUGUGGCCGCACACCUGAACACAGUGGCUGCGGGGGGUAGAGCUGGCGACUCUGUAGCGAAGUGGUCUUCUGGCCCUGAGACACAGUAGUACGAGAUGUAGCGGUGGCUACAGAGUGGCGGCAGGUUCUGGAAUGCCAGCAGCCACAGAGUAGGUGCAGCACUUUGGCUGGCUCCAGGACGUGCACAGGGUUGGAAGGGGGUGGCAGCCCUGAUCCUAGAUUGCCACAACGGCAGCUCUCACCGAGGUGUGGCCCUGUAGCUUCGGACACUCCAGGGCAUGUGCUGUUGCCAUGGCUGUUGGGUAGCUGGCUGGCGCAAGCUCCAGUGUCCUCUGUGGAGCAGGCAGCUGGCGUCUCCUGCAGAGCAGGCCACCAGGGCUGCAGUGGCUCCCCCUUGUGGCUGACAUAGUAAGCCCAGUGACAGCCCAGCCCUUAUUUCCUAGUGUUCUCCAGAUGUCUGUGCUAACACAGUGUCUCCAGCCAUCCUUUCUGUGUGCUGGUUCCUUUCUUUAUGCUCCAGUGUGUUGUAGUCAGCUCUUAAUUUGACUCUUGAGCCUUGUAAGGCUAAGCGAUUUCCUUCCUGGGCAGCCGUGGAAUUGUUUUUGUCACUGGUGAAGGAUGGUGUCUCCUUUUCUGCUCUUUGGUGAGGUCACUCACCUUGUGCCCUUCUCGGGGCUGCUGUGUGCUGCGUUGCUGUGGGACAGCAGUGGCCAUUCGCUUGUCCCGUUUUUCCUUCACUGCUUGUGUCCUGCAUGUCCCAGGUGGUUGCAGAUAGGACUUAGAGAGAAGGGUCCUCUGUGCAUCGUGGUAUGAACAUGACUGCAGCCAUGGGCAGGUGGGCUCGGAGGGGCCUGAUCCUGGUAAACGGCAGCUGGGGACAGUGUAGCAUCAGGGCUGUGUUAUGAAUACAGCUGGCCUGUGUCUUUGUUCAUGCAGGGUUUUGGUGCCAUUGCAUGUGUUGUGAUUGUGCUUUCAUGGCCUUGAUCCCACCCUUCUGCUGAGGUUCAGAUCAGCAGUGGAAAAGGCCCCACAGGAAGCUGUGGUCGGAGAAGUUGCUGCUGUGGAGCUGGGGGUGAUGAGACAUCCUGUGAAGAGACUGUUCCCGAAGCGGUGACCCAGGCUGGGUCUCCUGAGGCCGCUUCGUCUUCCCAGAAGACCCACCCCUGUGAGAUGUGUGGUCCUGUUUUGAGAGACAUUUUCCAGGUGGCUGAGCAGCAAGGAACAGGACACAGCCAGAAACUGUUGAGGUGUGGGGCGUGUGCAACACAAUUCUAUAUACCUUUGGAAAGCAGUGUGCAAGGGGCUUCGUUUUUCAAGAGCCACAGAUUCCACGUGUCACAUGAUCCUUUUACUUCCGGGAAAAUCGUGGCCAAUGCCAGACCUCUGCAGCAACAGGCCACACCUACUGUGGAGAAGCCAAAUACAGCCACAGCUUUACAAAGCAGAAGUCGUCCCAUUUCAGGAGAAUGCGACAAAGCCCUCGGCCCUGAACACACACUUGUUCGGGACCAGGGUGUCGACACUGAAAGACCACGCUUUGUGUGCAGUGAGUGUGGCAAAACAUUUAGGUACAAAGCCUCAUUUGUUAUGCACCAUAGAAUCCACUCUGGAGAAACGCUUCAUGUGUUUAACCAAUGUGGCAAAACGUUUAGGCAAAACUCAACCUUCAGUCAACAUGGAAAAAUGUAUACUGGUUCAAGACAGGACAAGUGCAGCAAAUGUGGGAAAUCCCUGAGCCACAAGUCUGACGUCAUUUAUCCCCAGAAAUUGCACAGUGGUGCAAGCAGCUCCGUGUGCAGUGACUGUGCAGGGUCUUUUUCCGAUAGGUCUGAGUUGAUUCCACGUGAGAGAGUUUUCUCUGGAGAAGGGUUUUAUAAGUGUAAUGACUGUGUGAAAUCUUUUAGCUGUAGGUCUGCCCUCAUUUAUCAUCAGAGAUCUCACACAGGAGAAAAGCCGUAUGAGUGCAGUGACUGUGGGAAAGCCUUUACCACUAACUCCUUCCUCCGUCGUCAUCAGAGAGUUCAUUCUGGAGAACGGCCUCAUGAGUGUAGUGACUGUGGGAAAUGUUUCAACUUGAAGUCUUCCUUCAUUUAUCAUCAGAGAUCUCACACAGGAGAACAGCCUUAUAAGUGCAGUCAUUGCGGGAAAUCUUACACCACUCGUUUUAACCUCCGUUGUCAUCUACGAGUUCACUCUGGAGAAAGGCUUUCUGAGUGCAGGUACUGUGGGAAAUCUUUUACAUCUAAGGCUGCCCUCACACGUCAUCAGAGAUCUCACACAGGAGAAAAGCCGUAUAAGUGCAGUGAAUGUGGGAAGUCUUUUACUUUUAGUUCCAACCUCCGUUACCAUCAGAGAAGUCAUUCUGGAGAAAAGCCUUAUGAGUGCGUUGACUGUUGGAAAUCUUUUACGUCUAGGUCCUCUUUCACAUAUCAUCGGAAAUCUCACACUGGAGAAAGGCCUUAUGAGUGCAGUGACUGUGGGAAAGCCUUUAAGACUAACUACUUCCUCCGUUGUCAUCAGAGAGUUCAUUCUGGAGAACGGCCUUAUGAGUGCAGUGACUGUGGGAAAUCUUUUUUCUCUAGGUCUGCCUUAAGAUACCAUCAGAAAUCUCACAGAGGAGGAAAGCCUUCUGAGUACAGUGAAUGUGGGAAGCCUUUUCUCUUUAAAUCCAGAUUUUGUUCCCGUCAGGAAGUUCAUUCUGGAAAGAGGUCUUCUAAAAGGUGCAGUGAGUGCGGGAAAUCUUUGACCAGUAACUUCGCCCUCCGUUACCAUCUGAGAAUUCAUUCUGGGGAAAGGCCUUAUGAGUGCAGUGUCUGUGGGAAAUGUUUUAGGGCUAAGUCUUCUUUCACAUAUCAUCAGAAAUGUCACACAGGAGAAAAGCCUUAUGAGUGCGUUGACUGUGGGAAAGCCUUUAAGACUAACUACUUCCUCCGUUGUCAUCAGAGAGUUCAUUCUGGAGAACGGCCUUAUGAGUGCAGUGACUGUGGGAAAUCUUAUAUCUCUUGGCAUGGCUUAAGAUAUCAUCAGAAAUCUCACAGAGGAGGAACGCCUUUUAAAUGCAGUUACUGUGGGAAAUCUUAUACCAGUCUUGUUAACCUCCGUAAUCACCUAAAAGUUCACUCUUGAGAAAGGCCUACUGAGUGCAGUGACUGUGGGAAAUCUUUCAUGUCUCCGGUUUCUGUCACAUAUCAUUAGUGACCUCACACAGGAAAAAGACCUUGUAAGUUUAGGCAUUGUGGGAAGUCUUUUACCACUAGAUCCAAUCUCUGUUAUCACACAGUUCACUCUGGAUAAAGGCCUAAUGAAUGCAGUGACUGUGGGAAAUUUUUUAUGUCUAGUGAUGCUCUGUGUUGAAAUUAUAGUCGUCAUUCUGGAGAAAGGCCUUAUGCAUGUAGUGAAUGUGGGAAAUCCUUUAUCCAAAGAAGCAGUUUGAGAAAACACCAGUGGGUUGACAAGAGAGAAAGACCUUAUGUGUGUAGUGAGUGUGGGAAAUCUUAGCAUAGUAAGUGUAGGCUUAGUGAACUCUACAAUGUUCACACGGGAGAAAAACCUUUUAACUGCAGUGAAUGUGGAAAAUCUUUACCUUUAGUUACACCUUCCAGUACCAUCGGAGGCCUCACACUGGAGAAAGGCCUUACAAAUGCACUGAAUGUGGGAAAUCUUUUCCCUUAAAUUACCUCCUACAUGGUCAUCAGAAAGCUCACACUGGAGAAGGACCUAAGUGCAGUGAAUGUGGGAAAUCCUUUACCGCUGUCUCCAGCCUCCGUUAUCACCAGAGGGCUCACAGCAGUAAGGCCUUUCAGAUGCACUGACUGGGAAGUCUUUUACCGGUAGUUCCACCGUCAGUUAUCGUCAGAGAAGUCACACAGGAGAAAGGCCUUAAGAGUGCACUGAAUGUGGGAAAUGUCUUAGCAGACAAAUCUUUCUCAAUGUUGGGGACUUCUCACUAGAGAAAGGCAUGAAUGUACAGGGAAUGUGCAUUUUCCUUGUUCAGUGUAAGGACACUGGGGAAACUGGGGGGCCAUAGGGCUGGGUUGACUCUCACUCCAGGUGCUUCUGAGAGUGGCAUGAGUUUUUUCCUUUUGUCAAAUUAGAGAUUACGGGGUGUUCGGAGACUUUUGAUGGACCUGUGCUCCCCCAGUCUACAAGGAACCUGAUGCUUCCUGGUGUGCACAAUUCUUAGAGGUAAUGGUGCUAGUUGUAAGACCCCUGGGUCCAGUGGAAACCAUAAUCAGUGCAGGAACUGGUCGAAGAGGGAGUGGAGGAGGCUGCAGCCAACUAGAUGGAAUGUGCCUCUUCUAAGAACGCACCCAGAUGUUCCUGUGACAGUGAGCAUGCAGGAUCAGUUUGUACACAAAUGUUGGGACCUCCAGGUGUGUUUAUCGUGCGUAGCUGGAGUCACUGUCAUGCAAUAUAUGUGGAAGGUUUUGUUUUGGGUUCUGUGGGGGCUAGUGAAUCUGACCUCAAGGCCCUCACUGCAGAGGCAAGACAAAAAGGAGAAGGAGGCUGUGGCUGUUGUGACCCAGGCCGCCUUUGUGUUGCCUCCAGUAGAAGUGUACGUCAUUGCUCCCUGGAUUUGCUGCGACUGAGCUCCGAGUGACCCCCAGCGGGCAGUCGGAGAGAGUUGGUGGAUUCAAUACAGGGUUGCCAAACCUGUUUUUCAAAGAGUGGGACAUACCAAUUUUUCAUCUUGAGUCAAUUUUUAAAGCUUUAUCAAGGUAUAAUGUACGUGUACUAAGCUGCAUAUAUUUGAAAUAUACAAGUUAAUAAGUUUUCACCUAGGAAUGAGCCUCUGAAACCACCACAGUCCUGGUCAUGCCCAUGUUUGUUGUGGUACGUUUAGCUCAUGUCCUAUUCUAGUGUCUCCUUGCCCUUCUCACCUCUCCAAGUAUCAUUUGGUUUCCUUUCCCUUGCAGUAAAUACCUCUGCAUUUUCGUGAAUUUAUCUGAUUGGAAUCAUAAAGUGUUUACUCUUUUUUUCUUCCUAUUUCCGUUGUUGCCUAGUUACUUGAGAUUCAUCAGCGAUGUAUAUGAGUGACUUAGCUAUUUUCUGUUGAGUAGUAUUCCUUGAGUGUAUCACUGGGCGUUUAUGCAUUCAUCUUUUUCCUGGGUGUUUUCUGGGUGUUAUUUUGCUGGGUUCUCAUUAUGGAAAAUAAAGCUGCUACAAACA